GUGUCGAGGGCAGCGCUCGCUUUGGCAACAUCAGCACUUCGUUGGGCAACUACCAGGUCCAUCGUCGUGUCUACGAAGCCAGCGUGAACAUGCCAGGUGAUGCGGAAGUUCAGCUGCGAGUGGAUGCUAAGCUAGACGAGGCACAUAUCCGCGUGGAGCCUUCAGGACAGUGGUGUGACACCAGUGGAGUCCAGUGUCGCAAGGUGAGCGUCGAGCCAGUUGACAAAACCAGCUUUGCUCUGCACGAGGACGUGCUGGCAGACCGGGACGGUGGGACAUACAGCCUGGUCUUAUCCCUGCGGCCCCGGCAGAACCUGAGUGGUCCGAGCAUUCAGAAUUGUAGCUACACCUUUCAGGUCCACAUGCUGAAUCGGCAGGUGAGGUUGGCCCAGCUCGGUCAAAAGAUCGCAGAGCUGCGUGCAACGGUGAAUGCCAUGGAGGACUUCAACCUCGGAGGUGAUGCCGCAGGGGUUCUCAAGCGGUAUCAUCAAGUCGUUCAGGAGCGCAACAUGCUGCUGAAGCAUGCCUACGACGAAGAGACGGCUGUGCAAGGCCGUCUUGUGACAUUUUUGGCCGUUGGGCUGACUGGUACAGGAAAGUCUGAGCUCUGUUACUGGAUGACAGGGGACAAAGAGAAAUGCUCACCCAGCGCCACGAUGAAGUCGCACACGAGCAAGGUCGCAUUUGUGAAAGCACAUCCAUUUGCAGAUGCUAAGUUGCUUUCGGAUCUCGAGUGGAUUGAUACGCCUGGCAGAGGUGACACGAGGGGUGAGGAAGAAGAUGCCAAGAUGUGGAGCCAGACAGUUGAUGACAUCUUGGAGAAGAACAAGAACCAGAAGAUCGACCGGAUCGUGUGGGUGCUGAACGCUGCUUGGCAGCGUGGCGUGGCAAUGAGGGAGCUGAUGAUCAAGGAGUUGCGCCGUUCCUUUGGCAUCCACUUGUACAAGCACCUAGACCUUGUCUUCAACUUCCUGCCCCACGUCGCCAACCAGAGCGAAUACCUCGAGCAAGUCCUCCUUCCGCAGCGCCAGAAGUUCCUGGAUUGGAUCAUGGAGCAAGAGAUGAAUCUUUUCAGCUGGCCAGCCAUUUCAAAAGACAGGAUUCAACGUGAAAUCAACGAGACAGGCUUUUAUGGCAUCAACAUCCACCCCAAGUUCUUGGCAGAGCUGCCAGAUCACCUGCCCCUGUCAGCUCCUUACCUUCAGCAGUUUCCCCCCUUCUCAUACCCAGCCGGGGUGGAUGAGCUCAUUCGGAUGUAUGACACAGCAGCUAAAGAUGGAGGUGACGGCCUUUUCUUGGACAACAAGCACCCGCGAGUUGGCCUAGGUGUUUUGGAGAAAGCUACCUUGCAGUCACUGGAUUGUGGACUGCGCCCCCGGGGUAAGCAACUCGUUCCAGGCGUUGUUGCGGUGAGUAUCCAUGUCGAGGGCAGCGAUUUCUUGCCGGACGACAGAGUGGCUUUGUUUCCAAGCGCAACAGCCUGUGGGAGUACCAGUGUGAGCAAUUGGCCAGACGUGCUCGCUGGAGUGGGGCGUCCGAUUCAGCAGGACAGAACGACUGCAUUCUACCGUGUCAAUUGGCAGCCAGGGCACGAGCAACUCUGUUUCUGUGAAGCGCCAGCCUGCAAUGAAUCCUGGCGCUUUGGCCAGUCAAAACCUGGAGUCCAGAUUCGUCCUUCGGAGAUCAAGUGUAAGGAGCCUAGUCCCACACGUAAAAUCAAAAUCACACAACUUGCUGGCAAUGCUGGUGCCAAGUAUGGCGGCUGCGCUGUGGUUGGUGACCUCCUCAUUGCAACACCAGGAAGUGCAGCCGGUAUCCUACUGUUGAAUACGUCAAGUGGGAGACUAAAGGAACUGCGCUCCGGACUGGGAAAUUUUUCUGGCGACAAAUGGAAGGGCACAGCUACAGAUGGCCAUAAGGUCUAUGCCUCGCCAGACCGGGCAAUGGCCGUGCUGGUCUUUGAUGUGGCUGCCAGAACUAUCCACACCAUCAGUCUCGACAGGGUGGCACGCCAAGGCGACACAUUCGGCAGCAUCGCCGUGGGGGACGGCAUGUUAUUCAUGACUCCUGGACAUGGCCAGCAACACCUGGUAACCAUGGACCUGGUAGGCCAGAAUGUAUCGUUUGUCGACCUCUCCACCUACGCUGAAGGAAGAAGAAAACAAAGCGACCCCCGCCGCUACUACGUUAAAUCGGGAGAGUGGAACUGGCUUGGAUGUAUUGUGGAGAAAGGACAACUCUUCCUUACACCGCACCGCUCUCCGCAGCUGAUUGUUAUGCACACGAGAAAAUUAAACAUCACUGCAUUGGACACAUCCGAACUGGCAGAAAAUGAUGCCGAUAAACAGGCAUUAUGGAGCGGCUCUGUUCAUUACCGCGGUCGCCUGUAUGCAGCGCCGCACGAUGCAGAGAGGACGGGCAGGGCAAAUGUAGCACACAAAUAUACCUAA